GAUUUUAUUUGUUGUGUUUUCCGCUCGGAAGUGUGUAACGUCUGAGGUCACGAGGGAGGAGGAAGCAGAUCUGCACAGCUAAGAUGGCGGAGGAACAGCAGGAAUCAUCACAGGGAGAGGUGGAAGGAGUGAACUGCCUUGCAUAUGAUGAGGCCAUCAUUGCUCAACAGGACAGGAUUCAGCAGGAGAUAGCAAACACUAACCCUUUAGUGUCGGACAGACAGGAGCUGUCAGUGCUGCAGAAAGAAUAUGCCCAGGAUGACGUCGUUUAUCAGCUCAAGAUCAAGGACCUUUACAAAAAGUACUCGUACAUUCGUAAGACACGGCCAGAUGGAAACUGUUUCUACAGAGCGUUUGGUUUUGCACAUCUCGAGUCACUGUUGGAUGACAGCAAAGAGCUUCAGAGGUUUAAAGCAGUCGCAGCUAAAAGUAAACUUGACCUGGUUAGCGAGGGCUUCACUGAGUUUACUAUUGAGGAUUUCCACAACACCUUCAUGGACUUGAUCGAACUGUGUGAGAAACAGCCAAGCCUGCAGGAGCUGCUGAGCUCCUUCAAUGACCAGAAUGUGUCUGACUACGUGGUUGUUUACCUGCGACUCCUCACUUCGGGCUAUUUGCAGCGAGAGCAUGGCUUUUUCCAGCAUUUCAUCGAGGGGGGGCGCUCAGUCAAAGAGUUCUGUCAGCAGGAAGUAGAGCCCAUGUCUAAAGAAAGUGACCACAUUCACAUCAUCGCCUUAGCCCAGGCUCUGAACGUCUCCAUCCUGGUGGAGUACAUGGACAGAGGGGAAGGAGGAACUGUCAAUCAUCAUGUUUUCCCUGAAGGAGGCGACCCUCGCCUCUUCCUGCUCUAUAGACCGGGCCAUUAUGACAUCUUGUACAAAUGACACUCCUGACCACGCCCCCUCCACCCUCCUGCAGCAGCGCGUUCAACAGCCAUGCUGAUGAAACAUACAUCUGUGUACAAGAUGAUACUUUUAUUUGGAAAAAUAAAAACAUGAAAUCACACGACAUGCCUCCUUUACCCCGUUACUCCAAACCCCGGGUUUUCCAUCAGUCAUCACAGAAAAAGGUUAAAAAAAAAGUUGUUGAAAAUAGAAAUGACUCCAGCUGUUUAGAGUUGUACAGUUUUUUUCUUUCGUGGUUGUAAAUGUUAUCUACUUUGAUUUUUCUUCAUUUGUUACACUGCGUUUCAUUGAGUUUUAUUAAAACGAUUUACAUCUUA